GGAAACUUAAGCUCUCUUACUCAUCUUGAUUUUUCAAAUAACCAGCUUGAGAUUGAACCCAAAUAUUUGGAAAGUCUUUGCAAUAUGAGGGAGAUGGAUUUGUCAAAUAAUACAAUUAAUCAUGAGGUCUCAGAAAUCAUAGAGAGUUUGUCUAGAUGUAGUUUGGAUCGAUUAGAGUCAUUAAAUAUUGCAUUUAACAAACUUUCUGGCCAUUUACCUAAUCAACUUGGCCAAUUUAAAACUUUAGCAUACCUUUACCUUAACCGAAACUCCAUUUCUGGUCCCAUUCCAUUCUCAAUAGGGGAGUUGUCAUCAUUGAAAGUUCUUGAUAUUUCAUACAAUCGAUUGAAUGCAACUCUUCCUCAAAUUUUAGGACAACUUGGGAAUUUGGAACAUUUAGACGUUAGCAAUAAUAUGUUGGAAGGAAAUAUAUCAGAAACGCACUUUUCUAAUCUCACGAUAUUGAGAUCUUUUUGGGCAUCUAACAACAUGUUAACGUUUAUACCAAACCCAAGUUGGAUUCCUCCUUUUCACUGUGAAAGUAUUGGACUAGGUAACUGGCGUCUUGGUCGGCAAUUUCCUCAGUGGCUACAAUUCCAAAGGAACAUGUAUAGUUUAGACAUCUCCCAUGCUGGAAUUUCAGGUGUCAUUCCCACUUGGUUUUGGAACCUUUCGACUUCAUUUGAAUAUCUAAACCUUUCCCAUAACCAAUUAGUCGGGGAGUUUUCAUAUUUACCGAUAAGUUGGAUUGCUGACUUGAGUUCCAACCUAUUCACAGGUCCAUUGCCACAGGCAAUAUUCUCAGAUUUGGGGGAUUUAUUUUUGUCCAAGAACUUUUUUUCAGGAUCACUUUUUAAUUUUCUUUGUAAUUCCUCAAAUAACCUGAAAGUUUUGAACAUUCUUCACGUUGAAUCAAAUCUUCUGUCAGGUGAAAUUCCAGAUUGUUGGGAAAAUAUGCCAAUGUUGGAAGUCCUAAAUUUAGGAAACAACAGUCUAACUGGGAAAAUUCCUAGAUCCUUGGGAUCUAUGCGUCUUAUUGAGUCAUUAAGCCUUCGUAACAAUAAUCUGUUUGGAGAAGUACCAUCCAUAUUGCAGCAUUUAGUUAAUAUGCUUGUUCUUGAUCUUAGUGAAAAUCAAUUGACGGGAAGUAUUCCAGCAUGGAUUGGAGACAAGCUCUCAAACCUUGUGAUUCUAAACCUCCGUUCAAAUAACUUUCAAGACUAUAUUCCUGAUCAGAUUUGUGCUCUUAAUUCUCUUCAUGUCUUGGAUCUUGGUUAUAACAACAUUUCAGGAGCUAUUCCAAAAUGUUUUAGUAACCUAAGUGCCAUGGCCACAACCCUCAACCCACACGUGGCUAAUUGGUUCUCGAGAUUCUACCCUGACAACUCGUUUUAUUUUGGUGCAUUAUUGGUGAUGAAAGGAAGAGUGGAUGAAUACAGUACCACACUCGGACUUGUUACCGGCAUAGACCUUUCAGUUAACAGUCUCACAGGAGAGAUCCCCAAAGAACUUGGUUAUCUUAUGGGACUGCUGUCAUUAAAUUUGUCAGGGAAUCUCCUAACUGGAAAGAUACCAGAGACCAUUGGUAAUAUGGAGAUGUUGGAAUCUCUUGACUUGUCCAUGAACCGACUCCAUGGUGAAAUCCCUUCAAGUUUUUCCAAUUUGAAUUUCUUGAAUCACUUCAACUUGUCCUACAACAACUUGACAGGACAAAUCCCAUCAAGCACCCAACUCCAAAGCUUUGACAAGUCUUCUUACAUUGGCAAUCAUCUUUGCGGACCUCCAGUCACUAAAAAUUGCAACAAAAAGGGCGAAGCACCUGAUGGUAAAAAUGGAGGUAGUAGUGGAGGAAAGAAAACAUCAGAGGUGAAUUGGCUUUAUGUAAGCAUAGUGCUUGGAUUUGCGAUGGGGUUUUGGGGAGUAGUGGCUCCCCUUGUUUUAAUCAGGUCUUGGAGGUUUGCUUAUUAUAAAAAAUUGGAGCAAAUUGGUGACAAGCUAUGCGUGUUUUGGGCUACUAUUGGUAUAUUAAAGGAGACUGAGAGAAUCCACAUAGAUAUAGUGCAUGAGUGCUUAUGGAAUGCCAAUUACUAUUCUAUAUAUCCUCCCCUACCUCACCCCUAUUCAAUGUUCGAUUAUACAGUUGAUAGGCCAUUAUGUGUAAAUAUGUUUGUACUCUCUCAUGACAUAAAUAUACAUGCUAUAACCCUAAAUGGGAUAAGACAGAACAUUUGUUCUUUACAAAUUCAUUUCAUGGUAUCAAAGUGGCUGCCUUCCCUCUUUCUUCAUCUUCAAUUCGGAUCUAAAUAUUUGUCCUUUUCUCAAAUCGAAAAACAAUUACUUUUUAUCAUUCUACUCCAACAACUUUCUUUGUAA